AUGGGGCGGGUAUGGUAUUUGAUAUUGCUGAACCGCUAUGAGGCGGGGCGGGUAUGUGAAAUCACACUCACAGACCAUGAACUCACGCAGCCGGCAACCACAGCUCCACGUCUAACGCCUCAUCACCUCCAGACAGUUAUCUUCACGACAUCACCGGUUCACCCUACUACAAAAACGCACACAGCCACGAGCUUCACUACUCCUACAGUUUUACCACUAUUUGAGGUAACUGAAUCAUCUUCUUCUGCUUUCGCUGUUUUGCAAGACCAAAAUUUAAAAAGCUCGUUUCUUGUUCUCUGUUCGGCUGUUCCACAUUCAUUUGUUUCUGCUAAUCUGGUCGCUAGUUUUACAGUUACUAUCACUACAAAUUCUUGGUUAUCUAAAUGUUCUUUGGCCACAACUUUGGAAAUAAGCCUUACUUUCUCGUCCUUGACGUUGUUUGGACACAAGUUUUUAAGAUUAUUCAUAUUGGUUAUAAAGGGGUCAGAAUCUUCCUUUCCUACUCCCCCCGCUUCAAUUGGAAGUGCUUCUGCUUCAAUUCAAGUUGGAGAUACAUCAACAAGUACACCAAUUACUUCACAAAGUCCAAGUGAGGUAAAUGCAAAUCCUAUUUAUAUAGAUUUAGGUGAUGAUGAGGAGAUGACUGAGGAAAAUAGAAAAAGAAAAUUGACCUCUUCAGUGUGGCAGCAUUUUAAGCUACAAAGAAUUAAUAAUGUGUCCAAAGCAAUUUGCAGACAAUGCAACAAACAGUUAGGGGGUGAGUCGAAAAAUGGGACAAGUCAUUUACAUGCUCAUUUAAAUAGAUGUCCUCUUCAAGGUCAGAAGGAUGUCAAACAGAUGUUUUUGAAUCAAUUUAAAGAACCUGGUGGUAGGAUUGCAAUGGGAGCAUUUAAUUUUGAUCAAGAGAAAGGUAGAACGGAACUUGCAAAUAUGAUCAUCCUACACGAAUAUCCUCUUUCAAUGGUUGAGCAUACUGGGUUUAGAAAGUUUUGUAAUAUAAUUCAACCAUUAUUUAAAGUUGUUUCUCAUAAUACCAUCAAGGCUGAUAUCUUGAAAAUUUAUGAUUAUGAGAGAACAAAAGUAAUGGGCUUGUUAGAGAGGACCAAUAGUAGAAUAGCAGUCACCACUGAUAUGUGGACAUCCAAUCAAAAGAAGGGAUUUAUGGCUAUCACUGCACAUUACAUAGAUGAUUCUUGGAGGCUUCAGAGCCGAAUUUUGAGAUUUAUAUAUGUCCCUUGUCCCCACACUACUGAGUCACUGUCUACUGUGUUAAUGGAUUGUCUAUUUGAUUGGAAUAUUGAUCAAAAAUUGUCUACAUUGACUGUUGAUAAUUGCACCACGAAUGACGCUAUGAUUAACAUUAUGUUAGAUAAGCUUUCUCUUGGUUCUUUAUUGUUGAAUGGUGAAUUUUUCCACUUGCGGUGUUGUGCACACAUAUUGAACCUGAUAGUAAAGGAUGGUUUGGAUGUCAUUAGCCCGAGUGUUGAGAGAAUUCGCGAUAGUGUUUCAUAUUGGUCAGCAACACCAAAAAGAGUUGAAACAUUUGAGGCAGUUGCACGACAAAUGAAAAUCCCUUGUGGAAAAAAAUUAGUAUUAGAUUGCAAGACUCGAUGGAACUCCAUGUAUCUAAAGAUUCAUACUGCUUUGCUUUACAAAGAACUUUUUCCUCGACUAAGGCAAAGAGAGCCUCAUUACAGAAGUGUGCCGAGUGAGAGUGAUUGGGAAUUGGCUACAGAGAUUUGUGAUAAGUUGGAGAUAUUUUAUGAAGUGACUGAAUUAUUUUCAGGAACAAAAUAUCCUACUGCCAAUUUGUCCUUUUCCAAUAUUUGUGACAUAAAGUUGGCAAUCCAUGAUUGGAGCACAUCAUCUUGCGAUGAAGUCAAAUGGAUGGCGUCAAGCAUGAAGGAAAAGUUUGAUAAAUAUUGGAGUGGCAUGCAUGAAAUUCUAGCUAUUGCAACUAUAUUGAAUCCUAGAUACAAGAUGAAACUAGUUGAAUACUAUUUUCCUUUGAUUUUUGGAGAUGAAGCUCAGGAAGAGGUUGAAAAGAUUAGAGCAUUUGGUCAUAAGUUGCUCAAAGAGUACAAGAGACCACAUCGUUCGAUAGAAAAUACAUCUUUGUUUCCAUCAUCUUCACAGUCAAAGUCGUCUACUACUAGUGGAAAACAUUCUCGCAUGGCUGGUUUUGAUACAUUUAUUAGUCUUUCUGUUACUGCUGAUCAUAAUGUUGCAAGAGAUUUAUUAGCCAUUUCAGUAUCUACUGUUGCAUCCGAGUCAGCAUUUAGUACAAGUGAAAAUUCUGCUCCUUCAUCAUAUUCCGGAGCUUGUGCAAAGUAUGAUGACGAGCAUGUUGACGAAGAGGAAUCAACUUUGAGUUUUGACGGAUGCCAGUAA